UGUCAAGUCUCCGGGCUGGGGUGUGAAGUAACGCAGCGCGGGACCCGCGGUCCGAAGAAGGGCUACAUAAAGGCUUUGCAAAAUCGAGUGAUGCACCUGGAAGCAAUGCUGGAGGGCCGUCUAAAUACCCACCCCCAACCACAGGAACACCAGAGCGGCGCGGAACGCAGCAGUGACAUCGAUAUUGUGCAGCCAGCACCCGCUGGGAUCUCCGAUGCAACGGCCAUCGACUACACCCAGUCGUGGAUACCACCAGUGACGGCGUCAGUCACUGAAGCCGAUAUGCUCCAGGUGAUGUCGCAAAACUGUGUGCCCGAAUUGGGAUCCGUGUCCGACUGGUCGCUGGCUUCGACGUUACACUCGAGGUCUGAUGCGCCCCUACACAUUAAGGACGACGUGCGGGUCGAAUUAGACCAGCUCUAUUUCGAUCGUGUGCAUCCAUCAAUCCCAAUCCUCCACCAACGGCGCUACUUGCUGUGGUCCAAGGCCAGGUCUAAAACACCAGCGCGCACCUGCCUGCAGUAUGUGAUGUGGUCACUGGUAACUUUGCUAUCGGCACAGUUUCGGGAUCUGACAGAGCCGCUCUACCGCAAGGCAAAGCGCAUGUUGGACUCUCACGCUCUAGAAGAAGAGGAGCAGUGUGGUAGUGAAACGGAACUAGCGCAGACAUGGGUACUUAUCGCAAUGUGCGAGUCGAUGCGCACCCACCACCGGCAGGCCUGGAUGAGCGCUGGCCAGGCAUUUCGCUUGGUACAGGCUAUGCGCUUCCACGAGAUCGAUCGUCCCAGAAACAGUAAUAGUCACGAGGUUUUGCUGUCCCAUGAGAGUAGCGACUUCAUUGAGACAGAAGAGAAGCGUCGAGUAUUCUGGAUGGCCUACUUUCUUGAUCAUCUUUUCAGCAUGCGCAGCGACUGGCCUAUCACUUUAAACGAGCACGUGAUCUGUACUCGUCUACCGAUCCCGGAUCGGGAGUUUCAGAGCGGCCAGCACGUCCUGGGGGACUUCCUGUCUGAAGCUAUGACCGAAUCGACCCCGAAGCUCCGGUCUCCGUUCACCGAGUGUCUCAUCCUGGCCACCCUUUGCGGACGCAGUCUGCUGCGAAGCCAGCAGUACAAUGUGUCCAAGGCCUACGGCGACAUGACGUCAGAUUGGCCGGACCAGCACUGGUGGCUGGACAACAUCCUUACAGCCCGGCUUGAGGUUUUGUCACAGUGUUAUCCUCCACCUGAUGAGAUCUCCGACCCACUACUUUUGUUUGCCAAUGUUCUCGCACAGACCACCAUUAUAUACUACUGCAAGGACAUGAUGGCGCCGGAACCCAUGUCCGCUGUCCACUCACCAGAAAAUGCCAAGGUUAUGGAGUGUCAGCACCGGGCCUUAGCUGCCACCGCAGCCAUCGUCCGUCUGACUAAAGUGCUCUGCGAGUUGCACUUUUCCAAGAUCCAUCCGCUGAUGCCCAUUCCGCUGUUGGUUUGUGCUGAGUUCCUCUAUGAUCACUGUUCCAGUGACGAGGCUUUCCGUUUGCACAUCGCAGAACUCAUGCACACCUUUGGUCAGCUGAAGAAUGUCAAUAACCAUGAACAGAGCUACUUGGAUUUGAUACCGCGAUCGUGCCUUUCUAAAACCGCUAACUUGCUAAACAGUCCUGCUGUGUCAUGAUACUCGCUAAAGAUGACAAUGCGGAGUUGGUGAGAUGAGUGGAACUACUGUCUGUUGCUCUCGUUUGAAGAAAACUAUAAAUGUAUAAAAGCAUAUCACUUCGCGCAGUCUGCAGAUGGAACGCAUUUCGGUGACUUAUUUGACUCGGGCUUUUCUUACUAGGGGCUUCUGGGCAUAAUUUCA